GUAGAGCACCGUGGCUGAAAAACUUCGAAAAAUGGAAAAAGUAGCAGGCGUAAAGAGUUUUUCCGUGCUGCCGCUGGUGAGAUAAGGAAAAACGGCGGUGGUUCUGCAUGUUUUUGUUUUCCUUGAAGUGGAUUUUACGCUGACAAUGGUGUCGAAGGAGGAAAAAACGCAGAUUUUCUCACAAUUCCAUUGAAAGUAAAUUUACUCAUGGAGAAAGGAGCCAGUCGGGAGUCAUGAGCACAGGUGUGAAGAAGCCUCCAUUAGCUCCCAAACCUAAACUCCCCGCCACCACCAAACCCUCUCCCCCGCCCAUCGCCCCCAAACCGGGUCUCCUCUCCCAGCCUCCCCAGCCUUCUCCUGCCACCCUCCAGAGAUCCAAAAAGCCAGCCGUCGCCCCCAAACCCUGCCUCCCCAGAUCCCCUCCGUUUCCACCCAAACCCCCUGAACCCGUCAUCCUAUCUCAGGAGGCUUUGGACGACAGCCUCGCUCUGCUCAACUCCAAAAACGGGAUUUUAUCGGCGACUCGCAGGCGUGAGUCGGAUUACAUCAUUCCCACCUGCCCCUGUGGGCUCCAGGACCAGCCUCUGGAAAAUGGAAACUCAACCGAGACCGGGGGCGAGCUGCACAACGAGCCGCUGCAGAACGGGAUUUCUACAGGGACGAGGUUAGAACACCCGGAGGAGGGAGCGGCGGUGGAUAAGAGUGACGGUGGGCAGAUUAGCAGAAAGCCCAGAGAUAAACCUCAGAGGCAGAGACACCAGGACAGGGGGUCUGUAAACAAGGAGGCACAGAGGACUGAGGAGCAGAACAUUUCAGAGACGAUUCAGCAUCAGGAAAGCGCCGAGCCUGACGUUUCAGAAGCAGAUUUACCGACAGAGGCCCAAACCACAGACCCAGCGCGCUCUGAAUCGGCCUGUGAUGUUGCAGGCAGCAUCAUUGUCUCUUCAGCUUCUCCUGAGUCUGCUGCAGAACGUUUUCAGGAGGGAAGCAGCGAUCCUAUCAGCAGGUUACAUCCUGAUCUCCAGGUCCCCGCCGCCCCCAGUAAGCCUCUCCCGGUCCCUCACCCACGUAAGCUCAAGAAGCCGGCGCUGGUGAGGCAGGAUCACGUGGAGGGAGCCGCCCAGGAUCAGGUGGUGGAGGAGCAGAAACGAGGGCUGGAGGUGCAGGAAGGUGAGGUGAAGCUGAGCUCAGACAGCGAGGAGCUCCGACAGGACACUGCGUCUCCACAGGAGUCGUGUUUGGGAGAUGAAGACACCGACGCUCCCGUCCCUCCUCCUCGGCAGACCUCCCUCUCCCCUCGCCUCCACAGGACGGUCCACAUGUUCCCCUCUCUGAACAAAAACGCCUCCCACUCCUUGGACCUGCUCUCACAGCCAGACCACCAGAAAGAGGGCGAGGGGCAGCGGGCGGCCGAGGACGAGGAGGACGGCUACGGCGACUUUGAGCGCUACCCGAUCACCCACAGCCUCCCAAAGCAGAUCAAGCUGGGCUGUCAUCCUCCUCUGGCUCAGUCCAGGAAGGCCUUCUCUGCUGAGGAUCAACCAUCGCCCAGAGCGCCGCCCAGGAAGCCUCAGAGACACAGCCUGCCAGCGCCUCCUCCUCCCUCCAUCUGCCCUCCUGCCCCUCCACACGCCAGCACCCCCAUGAGGGAGCUUCCUGCCCCUCCUCAGGAGAAACCCGCCUGGCGCUUCACCCGUCCCUGCGUGACCUUCUUCAGCCGGCAGAUGCCCACCAGGAGCAGCGUGCCGCCCAAGAGCCGAGCCCCGGGGCUGGGGGGCAAACAGAGGGCGCAGUCCUUCUCCGCGGCCGACCUGGCGACCCGGGCCGGCUCUCAGAAGAGGAGCCUCUCCUUCCGGAAGCUGCUGGAGCUCCGGCUGUCGGUGAAGAUGCUGCCCAAGCUGCUGGCCAAAGGAGGGCAGUCUCUGGACUGCACCAGCGUGGAGUCCGGCGGGGGGCAGAGGAGCCUGGAGCGGCCCAGCAGCUGCAUCGGGGAGGCGGACAUCUGCGGGGAAGGCGUGGAGGGAUCGGUGGAGUACGAGAACGUGCCGCUGUACGAGGAGAUCCCAGAGUACAUGAACCUGCCGUUUCACAGCGCCAGGAUGGGCUGGCCCCACGACCAGGACGACGCAGACAUCUACGAGGUGCAGGACCCCUACCAGCGGGGUCAGGACCACGAGUACGAGAGUGGCUGGCUGGGGCAGGACGUCCACUCCGAGGAGGAGGAGAUCCACAGCUCGGACGAGGAGGACAACAGCUCCACCUCCAGUAAGGAGCACCUGGACGAGGCAGACAGACAGCAGGAGGACGAGAUGAAGAGGAAGAAGGUGGUGCACAUCGCCCAGGAGAUCAUGAGCUCGGAGAAAGUGUUUGUGGACGUCCUGAAGCUUCUACACAUCGACUUUAGGGAUGCCGUCGCCAAGGCAACCCGUCAGAACGGGAAGCCGGUGGUGGAGGAGAGGAUCCUCAGCCAGAUCCUGUACUACCUGCCUCAGCUGUACCAGCUCAACAGAGACCUGCAGAGAGAGCUGGAGGAGAGAGUGGCACACUGGAGCGACCACCAGAGGCUGUCGGACAUCUUCGUCCAGAAAGGUCCGUACCUGAAGAUGUACUCCACCUACAUCCGUCAGUUCGACAACAACGUGGCUCUGCUGGACGAGCAGUGCAGGAAGAACCCGGCGUUCGCUGCCGUCGUCCGAGAGUUCGAGAUGAGUCCGAGAUGUGCCAGCCUGGCUCUGAAACACUACCUACUGAAACCAGUGCAGAGGAUCCCUCAGUACCAGCUGCUGCUCACAGAUUAUCUGAAGAACCUCCCAGAAGACUCAGAGGAUUAUAAAGACACACAAGCUGCUCUCAGCAUAGUGAAGGAAGUGGCCAACCAUGCUAAUGACAUUAUGAAACAAGGGGACAACUUCCAGAAGCUGAUGCAGAUUCAGUACAGCCUCAACGGUCACCAUGAGAUCGUCCAGCCGGGGAGGGUGUUUCUGAAGGAGGGCACUUUAAUGAAACUUUCCAGGAAAGUCAUGCAGCCUCGGAUGUUUUUUCUGUUCAAUGAUGCUCUCAUGUACACCACUCCGGUCCAGUCUGCCCAGUACAAACUCAACAGUGUUCUCUCUCUGGCUGGGAUGAAGGUGAGCAAGCCCAGCCAGGAGGCCUAUCAGAACGAGCUGAACAUCGAAAGUGUUGAGCGCUCCUUCAUCCUGUCUGCCAGCUCUGCUACUGAGAGAGACGAGUGGCUGGAGGCCAUCUCCAAGGCCAUAGACGACUACACCAAGAAGAAGAUCACCUUCAUAUCCAGCCGAAGUCAGGAGGAGGCAGAAGGUGUUGUCGACAGCGGGGCCCCGUUAGGCUCCAAGGCUCCCAUUUGGAUCCCAGACCUGAGGGCCACCAUGUGCAUGAUCUGUACCUGUGAGUUCACGCUCACCUGGAGGAGGCAUCACUGCCGCGCCUGUGGAAAGGUGGUGUGUCAGGCCUGCUCUGCUAAUAAGUACUACCUGGAGUACUUGAAGAACCAGCCGGCUCGGGUUUGUGAUCACUGCUUCGCCAAGCUGCAGGAGAACAGUGACCGCUGUGCCUCAGCUUCAAUUUCUCCCAUCAAAUCUGGAGCGUUCUCCUUCACUAGAAAACAGAAGAAGAUUCCCGCUGCGCUGAAAGAGGUGUCCGCCAACACAGAGAACUCCUCCAUGAGCGGCUACCUGAACAGGUCCAAAGGCAGCAAGAAGCAGUGGAAGAGGCUGUGGUUCGUCAUCAAGAACAAAGUCCUGUACACCUACGCCGCCAGCGAGGACGUGGCGGCGUUGGAGAGCCAACCUCUGCUGGGUUUCUUCCUGAGAGAGGAGAAGAACGGACCGGCUCAGAAGCUGCAGUUCAAACUGUACCACAAAAAUACACUGUUUUACAUGUUCAAAGCUGACGACAUCCCCACAGCGCAGAGAUGGAUCGAAGCCUUCCAAGAGGCCAUGAUUCUCGAGCAGUAAUCAGCCGUUGAGCGGUGAAGUCGCAUCGCAGCCCCGGAGUCUCGUUGAUCGACAACUUACGGCCCCCGAUUGAUGGCAGGUCAGGGGUCACAGCUCAGGAAGGACUCCCGGUGGACUGUCCGCCUUCAACAGAACCCUGCUGCCUUAAACCCGACUGCAUCGCCCCCGAACAGCCACAUUCCGUCUCUGUAAGCUCGUUUUUUUCUGCCAACGACGGCCUCCGAUGCUCAGCGGCGGGUCAAAGGUCAAGUCCAGAAGCGCGUUUGUGGAAGUGAAACCAAACGGUUGUCGGAAAUCCUCGGAAUUCUGAAGUCUGGGAAUGAUUUUUAAAUGCUGUCAGGUGAAGGAAUCACUUCUGUGUGAAGCUAAAUAUUCACGAACUGUCCAUCGGUAGUUUUAAAACCUGCUGUGUGUUUUUAAUCGGACACAAAUAAGCCCAAACAUUUUAUUAUCAUGGACGUCUGUUGAGGGUUUAGUUAUGGAACCAGGUGGGCUUUUACUGUGAAAAUCAGGCUUCAGCAAAGAAACACAGCGUUGAUGUUCAGCUCUUUAGGUUCAUCUCUCUGGUUAAGAGAUUUUCCUGCUCGAUUUUUCGAUGUAAAAUUCCGAUCCUUUCACAAUCAUGAUGUCUGAAAGCAUCCUGGAGACGACUGGAAAUGUCAGGAACAUUGUAGAUAUUUUUAAAUACAAAAAUAGUGUAUUUUUUGCCAGUUUAUCCGCAUUAGAACAUGAAAAGCAACAUUGACCUUUUUUUUUUUCAAAGCCAAGAGCUAAUAUUUAUAAAAUAGGAAGAUUUAUUGUUUGAAAAGCGCAGGCUGCCUCUGAUUUUGGGAGUCAGGGUUUGUUAGGAAACACGUUUCCGUCUAAACCGUGACGUGUUUUUUGAAGUAAAAGGGUCUUUUUUAUGAGCAAACACUGUGGAAAGUAUGCAUGAACUACAUUUCUGAGGAAAUGCUCAAAAGAAACACGGUUUGAAUCGACAGUUUAGUUUUUACAGACAUCACGCCUUUUUUAUAUCUCCUGUUUUGAGAUAAACUGCAAUAAUAUAGGUGCUUUGUUUGACAUUCUUCACGUUAUACGAUCGAUUUUAGCGUCCGGUUUGCAUGACUACUCACUUUCCAGCCAGGGUACUCUGAGCUUGUACUUUUAAAUGCAGUAGUUUUAAAGAAUCUCCACGUGUCGAAGCACAGACGGAGGAACCCUGAAGCUUGCUUUGUCUUAGUGAAGGAAUAAAACAGUUGAUUCUGUCUUCUGAGCUGUUUGAAGACGCAAACCUGGAGCUACCCAGCAUUCAUUUCUCCAUGAUUGUACAUCAACGUUCCACUCGAUCAGAGUUAGAAUCUCUUAUAAACAUUUCUAAACUGUCAGGCAACAGUUUUUAAUAAAAUAUAUAUAAAUAUA